AGAGCGGAAGUGGGGCGUGGGAGAGGCCGCCGCGGACGUCGCGCUUUGACCCCGGAAGCGUAUGUGAGAGGCCUGGGAUGUUGCCCCAGGUUUGAAUAACACGAGCUGAUUCAUCGCGGCCCGGCUGAGCGGAAGGCGGCACCGAGGAACGGAGAGAAAGAGUCGAGACAGGAUUCCGGGCUCCGAGAAAGGGUAGGCCUCGACUCCUGGAGGGGGAGAAGCGGAGGCAGAGACAAGAUAGGAAUUGGGUUCACCUUCAUCAACGCUACAAAUCGAGCAGAGAUCAAAACAAAGUUGGUGUUAAGAACUGAACAUUAAGUAAAUAUAAGAAAUUAUGGAUAGACUUCUGCGACUUGGAGGAGGCAUGCCUGGUCUGGGACAGGGACCUCCUACUGAUGCUCCUGCAGUGGACACUGCUGAACAGGUUUACAUCUCUUCUCUUGCGCUUUUGAAGAUGCUGAAGCAUGGUCGAGCUGGUGUCCCUAUGGAAGUUAUGGGGCUGAUGCUUGGAGAAUUUGUUGACGACUAUACUGUCAGAGUGAUUGAUGUGUUUGCUAUGCCACAGUCAGGAACGGGGGUCAGUGUAGAAGCAGUCGAUCCUGUUUUUCAAGCUAAAAUGUUGGAUAUGCUAAAGCAAACUGGAAGACCUGAGAUGGUUGUUGGCUGGUAUCACAGUCAUCCUGGCUUUGGCUGUUGGUUGUCUGGUGUGGAUAUCAACACACAACAGAGUUUUGAAGCCCUGUCAGAAAGAGCUGUAGCUGUAGUAGUGGAUCCCAUCCAGAGCGUAAAAGGAAAGGUUGUUAUCGAUGCCUUCAGAUUGAUCAAUGCUAAUAUGAUGGUCUUGGGACAUGAACCAAGACAAACAACUUCAAAUCUGGGUCACUUAAACAAGCCAUCUAUUCAGGCUUUAAUUCAUGGACUGAAUAGACAUUACUAUUCUAUUACUAUCAACUACAGGAAGAAUGAACUAGAACAGAAGAUGUUACUCAAUUUACAUAAGAAAAGUUGGAUGGAAGGAUUAACCCUUCAAGAUUACAGCGAACACUGCAAGCUCAAUGAAACUGUGGUGAAGGAAAUGCUAGAAUUAGCAAAGAAUUAUAACAAGGCUGUUGAGGAAGAAGAUAAGAUGACACCUGAACAGCUGGCAAUAAAAAAUGUUGGCAAGCAGGACCCCAAACGCCAUUUAGAAGAACACGUGGAUGUCCUGAUGACUUCUAACAUUGUCCAGUGUUUAGCAGCCAUGUUGGAUACUGUUGUGUUUAAAUAAUGACUUACUCAUAAGUGCUGUUUUUUGCCUGUAAUCAUCUGUUGUUUAAAGCUCUGAAAGUAAGAUAUAUUUGGAUGUCAGAGACAUCUGGCAUCAUUUACAGUCUAAGAGCAUCACUCUUGACACCUUUUUCUCUCUGCUGUGCAAUUAGAUUGGAGGGUUUUUUAUGUCAUGGUCUUUAUUCCUGAGCAAUUCACGGACUGAAUUAUAAAAUGUGUUGUGUUUUCAUUUUAAUAUUUCAAAGAUAAUUGGUA